ACUGGGACUCAUCAAUGUCAAACUGAGGAUAUCAGAAUAGGUGGAGCAUGUCUGUUCUUAUAUGCAAAUUCCUGUGUUCCUUCUCUUUCCUAAAGUAAGCAGAGAUGGGCAAUUUUGUAAAGGCUCCAUAUCUAUGGUCAGUUUUGUUUUCUAUCUGCAAUUCCAACAUUUAUUUCAAGACUAGAAGUUUAGAGAGGAGAGAGAAAAGGAAUGAAGGAGGAAAAAUGGCUUUCAAUUCGUUAUGCAAAGACGACUUACUGCGCCCCAGGAUACGAAGCGCUUUGAGCCUGACCCCCAGAAGCCAGAGCAGUUACCAAACGCCACCUCUGACAGAGCUUCAACGCCUGCUGUGGACACACAAACCUUCCACUGGCCACGUGAAUGAAGUCUGGCCAAACCUCUACGUGGGAGACUUAUAUACAGCUCGGGACAAAGAGCAGCUGCGCCGAAUGGGUAUCACCCACAUUGUGAAUGCUGCUGCUGGCAGAUUUCACAUUGACACUGGAGCUAAAUUCUACAGAGACCUGCCUGUAGAUUAUUAUGGAAUAGAAGCUGAUGAUGAUCCAAAUUUUGAUCUCAGCAUUUACUUCUAUCAAGCUGCCAGAUAUAUAAGAGCAGCGCUGAAUUCACCAAGAGGCAGAGUAUUAGUUCACUGUGCAAUGGGGAUCAGCCGAUCAGCAACGCUUGUACUUGCUUUCUUAAUGAUCUGUGAAAACAAGACCCUUGUUGAUGCAAUUCAGGCUGUGUGUAAACAUCGAGGGGUCUGUCCCAACUCUGGCUUCCUCAAGCAGCUUCAGGAACUAGACAUGCGAUUAGCGAGGGAGAAAGGAAGAGGAAUAGAUCCCCUCAGACUUUAGAUGGGGGGACAUCUUCUGAUUAUAGACCAAGAGAUACAGGUUGCCUCCAGGAAGAUUAUACUUCUGGCAAGACAGAUGAACCCGGACUAUGCUGUAGUUGCCUGGAGAAAUCCAUAUGGAGCGAGCAGGGAGAGUUUGAGAGUUUGAAAUUUCACCUCCUGCAGAAAUACAAGCCAGAUCCUCAGCUGGCGCCUGUCAAUGUCGUUCCACUGGACUUAUGCCAAUUCAUACCAGCUGACCAUCUGGCUCCUUCAUUGGAUCCCCUCCCUCCCCAGCAAGCCUUAGUGGACUCGUUGGAACCCCAACAAGCCCUUGUAGGUUAGUUGGGGUCCCUCACAACUACCCCACACUCUCAGACCCUUAUAAUGAUCAACAGAUAUGUGAGGUCCCAGGGAUGUGCUGGAAGCUGAUGCUCAGCUGUGAAAUCACUAACACAACACAGUUAGAGCCCACAGCCACGUUCUGAGCACUGCUAUUUUAUAUAGAAACAAUCAUAGCUUCCAUUUCCAUUGGCUUUUAAUCCCAGUGUCUCAAAAUACUUGGCAAAUAAUUGGUUCAAGCCUCACAACCCCUCCGUGAGGUAGGUAAUUAAUGUUAGCCCCAUUUUACAUAUGGGGAAAUUGAGGCCCAAAGAUGUUAAGCAAACUGCCCCACUGAUGCACUGCAAAUCUGUAACAAUGCCAGGAGAGGAAUCCAGAUCACUUGGCGUAUAGUGCCAUGGUCUAUUCAGAUUCCCCAUCUUUCCCUUUGAAAACGGAACGCUAACCUCAUGUCAGAGCAAAAUCGAACAAUGCACCUACCAAAUCCAAUGCAGCAGCUCUGUAUUCAGAUUUCCCUUUUACGUCCAAUUGACCACAUUCUAUCUCAUAAACAACUGGAAGGAGAUAUUUACUUCGAUGCAAUUACAGCCCCAUGCAGCGCAUUGGCAAGUGCAAAUAAUAUAGAAUUUCCACUCGACGGCAGAUUAAUUUGGUGUGAUGUUUUCCCUCGAGAGUUCUUAAAGGCUUGCAGUAGUGAAAGUGUCAUGCAGCUUGUAUUUUUAGUACUGUGGAUUCUGAGCAGGAAUAGAGGGCUGUGCCUGAACUGCUGGGUUUUUAAACCGCCAUGCAGUAACGUUUUUACUGAGCGCAGCACCCUUCCUGUGUGUGUCUCAGAGUAAUAUGAAAACGAGACUUCCCUGCAGAGCUGGUGGCUAAAUUCAGGUGAUGUUUUCUUUUUCAUAAGCACUAGUAAGCCCUUGCCACCGAUGCUAAUUAUUUGUAUCCUCAAAGGAGUCAGGUGAUAGCAAGGUUGAUUUAGUCUCCACUGUUAAGAUAGGACAGCUGGAAGAGGAUUGAUCCACUGGGGAAUGGAGAAAGUGGCUGGGAGGGAGGUCACAGUUAAUGAUGGGGAGAGGGGGAGAAAAUCACUGUUGUAUUACAACUUUUCAAGGAAAAGCUCUAGGGAUCAUUUUAGGGAUGUUUAGUAACCUGUGUUGUACAGGAGGUCAGGCUAGAGGAUCACAGUGGUCCCUUCUAGCCUGGGAAUCUAUGACUCUAAGGUCUAAGUGGCCCGCUUAUUGGCAGUCUCAGCAAAGAGGCCAAGCAUUUCAACAAGCAUGGAAGCUGAACUACUCUCUCACUGUUGGAGGUGGUCCCCCUCCAUGUCAGGGGCAGGGCGUAUUGAUGGGGCAGUGUGGGGAAUCUUGUGUUGUCACUGCCCGGCCUGUACCUGUUUUGUGGAUAGAAGCCUUCACUCUCCACAGCUGUCAACCGGACACCUUUCCUGAGCACCGGACUCACUUUAACUCGGUCUGUACGGUACGGUAGGGCAUUUCUGGGCAAUCCUAGCAGAGUGCAGGUGAUGUUAGAAAGGCACAAGUCCAAAGGGUCAAUGCAUUUAUCCAGAACAGAAAUGUCAUAACCCCCAUAAAUUCCAUGCCCCUCCAUGAUUACACAGUGGAAUUAAAACAAAACCGCCAAUGAGCAAAUGUGUUAUUGACAUGUGCCUCGCAUUAUAACAGGGGAACUUGGACUGCAACCCAGUCAGUGCUGUGACAAGGAAACAUGAUCAGAUUCCUCAGCGGGCUCAAAUUCUUAUCCCCAGACAGCUCUCCACCAACAACAGCAGCUCAUGUUCAACAGCACCCAGCAAUGCAACACAAGCAGUAAACCUCACAAUAGCAAUGGCAGGACUCCCAUGACCGCCCCAAGUCACCGCAGGCCCAGCAGCAUUAAUUGAACUAGCUGAUGAGGAUAAUAAUAUGUAACUUCUUCAUGGUGGUGUUGUGAGGCUAAGUUCAUGUGUGCAAAGCACUUUGAGUUGCUGGGAUGAAAGGUGUCACAAAAAGUCCUGCUAGGGCAGGUGUCACCAUACCAUGUAGUCUUUUAGAUUCUCUCUUAGCAUGCAAGCAAGUGUUGACUCACGGGCAGGCGUGCUGUGCUGUUAGCUGUUCUGGUUAUGUACAGAGUUUUUGCAUAGAGGCAGCUUUGGGUGAGAGGGAGCUGUGUGAGCAGCAGGAGACUGAAUCUGGGGCUCUGAUUAGAGUCAAUUCCUGAAGCAGAGCAGGCACUGGAGUUGGGCUAAGAUAUCUGGAAGAAGGGGUUGCCUGUAUGCUGUUUGACCAUCUCAAGUCAGGACCGGUGCACGUGUGUAAAUAAAGCAAGUUACACUCAGACUAUAACCAGACUCUGCAUCACUGAUUUAGCCUCUGUAGGGAAGCUGACCUGCAAGAUCUCAGAAAUCUCCAACCACUUGAAAGGUUACAUCAGGGGCAGCAGCACAAUUUAUUAUUACUAGAUAACAUUCAAAGCAUACACACAGGGUUGAUCCACCCUUCUCUUGGGAGAGGGACCCAGAGAACUAAAAGAGGCCAAACGGCAGGAGCUGAAAGUGAACCAAUAGCACCUCACUGAGAAGAGAAAGAUAAGGAAAGCUUUCCCCCUCCCACAGUGGUCAGGCUGGCUCCCAGAUACUCCCCUUGAGUCAUCCCAUUUUGCCAUAACUUCCAGGUGCUGGUGAGCAGGUAGUCCCUCUCCAUCCUUUCUUUGAACUUGGUUACAUCUCUUCACAGUUCCCCCUUACCUUCCCCUCCUGCAGGUAUUUUUAUGGAUAUAAUAGGUGCUUGCCCGCCUGUUGAACACGUGCCGUAGCUAUGAAAGCAUCUACUAAAAUAAAGGCUUUGGCACAGGUGCAUCUUGGAAUUAAUAAGUAAUCAUAACCUUUGACCCACAUGCGUUACACACACUGGUGGCUUCUUCCCACCAAGCUUAGUUACCACGCAGGAAUCUCUUAAAGCGCACUUAGCAUCAGACAAAAAUCAAAGAGGCAUUAGGGGGUGGUUCCAUAUUUAUUCUCACUCAAUAGCUUCCAGAUCCCAUGUGCAAAGCUUGCUCACUGAGAUGGCUUUUCAAGCUGCCAGCUCUGCGAAACCAACUUGGGAAUCUGAGAAAUCCAGCUGUUAUUUCUACCACUGCAAUUCUCACCAGUAACAAGGAGUCUGAUACCGGAACUUAGCUGGCAAUUUUGCUGAUCAUGCACCAGGAGAAUAGAAUCCCACUCACUCUGCCAUAGGUGUACUGACUCUGCAGUGUCAGUUCUAGUAAAACUUGUCUGCAAGUGUACUAAUUACUACUUGUGAGAAACACAGGCAGCAGAUACUAUAGGCUGAGUAAGGUGGUAGCAUUUUUCUGUCCAUAAUGGCAAGUGCAGAGCUAAUCAUAGCAGAUACAUGUAUGUUCCCUCAUAAGCAUUCUCUUCUUCCCACCCAUAUUUUACAUGGCACUAUAUGAGCACUAAGGAUGAUUUCAUCAACAUCUAUUCAUCUUAGGUGCUUAUAUGACCCCCCACUACCGUUACUGCGGUAUAUGAGCCUUGCAAUCUGCAAUGCAUUUUUCCUCAAAAUCCCUCUGAGAAAGGGAAGUACUGUUAUUCCC